AAACUAACCAAAAAAAAAAAAAAACAAAAAAAGAAGAAGAAGCGAACGCACAAAUUCCGAAAACAAAUUUAAGGAUCCCUUCUGUCAAAAUAAUAGUUGAUCCCUUCGCCCUUGGGCUUUUUCCAUUACCCUCCAUCUCCAUGACGGAAAACUCAGAUCAGACCUUCUUCCGUUACUGCCUUCUUGCCCUUUACCUUAUAGCCCCACCAACCGUUAUUGCUCUGAAAUUCCUUCAAGCUCCCUACGGCAAGCACAACCGCCCUGGGUGGGGCCCCACCAUUUACGCUCCUUUAUCCUGGUUUUUCAUGGAGAGUCCCACCCUCUGGCUUACCUUCCUUCUAUUCCCCUACGGUCGCCACCACUCCAACCCGAAAGCCCUCCUCCUCAUUUCCCCCUUUCUCCUCCAUUACUUCAACAGGACCUGCCUCUACCCUCUUCGCCUCCACCGGAGUAUUACCCAGCGGAAGCCCGCCAGUGGUUUCCCGGUGAGCGUGGCCAUGACGGCGUUUUCUUUCAAUCUCUUGAACACUUACUUGCAGGCUAGAUGGGUUUCGCAUUACAAGGACGAUUACGAGGGAGAUGGGUGGUUUUUGUGGCGAUUCUUGGGUGGUCUGGUGUUGUUUUUGGUAGGUAUGUGGGUGAAUCUUUGGGCUGAUAGGGUUCUGGUUGGGCUAAAGAGGGAAGGUGGUGGCUACAAGGUGCCAAGAGGAGGAUUGUUCGAGAUGGUGAGCUGUCCGAACUAUUUUGGCGAGGUUGUGGAAUGGCUGGGCUGGGCCGUCAUGACGUGGUCUUGGGUAGGCUUUGGAUUUUUUCUCUACACGUGUGCCAACUUGGUUCCUAGGGCACGUGCCAGCCACAAGUGGUAUCUACGCAAGUUUGACGAUUAUCCAAAGGGCAGAAAAGCUGUCGUUCCUUUCCUGUAUUGAGUUUCAGAGAUUAAACAUGAUGGUGUUAGAAGGUUGUACUUCAAAAGAAGGUUACUUUUGUUAUGUAAUUGAGUUUUUUGAUUUUUAAGGAAUGAUGAAAGAGAUUGAAGAGAGAA